AAUUAAAUUAACCAACAAAAUAUAAUAUCAAUUUUAUUUUUUUUUUAAAAAAAAAAGAUUCUCUCAAUCAAUUGAUUUUUUUUUUUUUAAUUGGGGGUCAUUAAAUAAUAAAUAAUCACUAAUUUUCUUCUUUAAUAUUUCCUCAUCCAAGUAAAGUCUAAACAAAAAUCCCAACAUUUUCAUUAGUUUCUUCCUUUAAAACUUUCAACUUUAUUUUAUUAAUUUUAUUAUAGCUCAUAUCCUAAUCCAUAGCUAUUUAUUAUGGAUCACAUUAAGUAGUUAAAAAAAUCUUCUUUUUCCCUUAAUUAAUUAAUCUUUCUUGUUUUGUAUGAUUUGAAUUUGACUCAACACACAAAAAUAAAAAUAACAAUUCCUUUUUAUUUUAUUUUUUUAAAAAAAUUAUUUUCCUAUUGCUGAUCCUUUUGUAUUUAUUUAUUAAUAAUUUUACCUUAAAUAUAUUAAAUUUUAUAUGUAGGGUAUCUUUGCUCAACCUUGUAAUCAAUCCACUUUUGUUCAGUCUUCCACGUUAACUCCAUUUCUGUUCUUAUCUUUCUCUUCACCCAUUUGGGUCAUCAUUGAUCUUGUUCUAGGUAAAGAAAUUAAUCUUCUUCUUCUUCUUUUUUUCCCUCAAUUUCGAUUUUUUUUUUUACUGUUGGGAAUUAAUUGUUUCUAUUUUUUUAUUUAAAAAAAAUAAAAAAAUCUGGGUCGAGUGGUGGACAGUGAGGUCUUUAGGGAUCAAUGGAGGAUUUGGUAGGGCCUAGAUUAUACAGUUGUUUUAAUUGCAGGAACCAUGUUUCUCUUCAUGAUGAUAUAAUCUCUAAAGCUUUUCAGGGAAGAAAUGGCAGAGCUUUUCUGUUUUCGCACGCGAUGAACAUCUCUGUUGGGCCAAAAGAAGACCGGCAUUUGAUCACCGGUCUUCAUACCGUUGCUGAUAUUUACUGCGGCGAUUGCCGUGAGGUGUUGGGGUGGAAAUAUGUAAGAGCUUAUGAGGCAUCACAGAAGUACAAAGAGGGAAAGUUCAUAUUUGAAAAGGCGAAAAUUGUGAAAGAGAAUUGGUAACUUAAAAAACUAAUGGCUUUUCUUCUUUAAUUUCUAUCAUGUUGAUGAAAUUUUUAUCAGGGCUUUUGUUUUGAUUCUUCUUGUACAGAAACUUGUCUCAUUCACCCAUUUGAGAUUUCUCAUUGUUUUCUUUUUUUGUUCAUAUUCUCUUCUUAAAGUUGGAAGUUGUAAAUGGAUGAUCAAUUUAAGUGUGAAUGGUAUUUUGUAAACUCCAAA